AUGGCCUCCGCCCUGGUCCAACGCUUUACGGUCUUCGUCGCAGACGCCCCGAAGACGGUGUGGACUGCAUCAGCCCGACUGGACCACGUGAUGCGUCGGACGACGGUGGACGACGUUGUUGUCAAGGCCCGAAUGUGUUGUGAGCGUGUCUCGUGUCGUGCCAAAAAUAUGGCCCCCUCCCUCCUAAGACCCUUGAUGAUCGUCGUCGCAGACGCCCUGGAGGGCAAAGUAAUUUACGCCAGACUGUUGCCGCGCAUCUCAGGGCUGUACUGCGACGGCGCGGCGGUGCAACGUUUACGGCCUUGA